AUGCCGAACAACAAAACGCGCGCGUAUUACAAGGGGGAGUUCACGAAAAGCAAGAAAAUUGUGGAUAAAUAUCGACAAAAUCCGGAUUUAUUGCGUCAACAAGGGGCUCUUGGGGAAUUAUUGUCUCAAAGGGAAGCUAUCGCCCACUAUGAGAAGAGAUUCACUGAGGUGCAGCAAGACAUUUUAGAGACUUGUCCUCCGGAAAGGCUAAAGCAGGAAGAAGAAGAACAUGAGGCUUUCUUGGCCGAAACUACAAAGGUUCUCUCGUGUGCGAAUGAUUUUAUUGGGAGAAUAAAGGCUCAUAGAGAAGAAGAGAUAACGGGUGAUUCAAGUGCAGGUUCAAGCGGUUCCGAUAUUUCUCAAUUGAUUGCUCUCAUGUCAAAGCAAUUAGAGGAACAGCGAUUGCAAAGAAUCGCCGACACCGAAAUGCUAAAAUUACAAUUGGAAGAACAAAGGGCACAGCGAUUGGCUGACAAAGCAGCUCUUGAGGCAACCCUCAAACAUACUCAAGACGAAUUAAAAGAAGUUUUAAAUAAUUCCAAUAACCUUAAUUUGUCUAUAUCCUCGGGAUCCAGUCGCAUGAAGCAUGAGCCAAUUUCGAUUCCCCAAUUCUCAGGGCUUUAUACGGAGUGGAAAACAUUCCAAGAUCUCUUCAUUGCAAUUGUCGAUAAAGACACUUCACUCUAUAAAUGUGAAAAAAUGCAUUACUUGAAGAAAUCGUUGGUAGGAGAUGCGAAGGAGGUGAUUGAGACUCUCAAGGGUUGUGACGAAAAUUAUGAUCAAGCUUGGGAGAAAGUUCAGGAGCGAUACGACAAUAAAUCUGCUAUUGUUAAUGCACUUGUGAAGAAAUUUAUCUCAGUCCCUUCAUUCUCAAAUCCCUCCGCAAAAGGCGUGCUAAAAACUCAAGGACUUUUGGCAGGGAUAGUUGAAUCUCUGGAGAAUCUCGGUGCUGGAGGAAAGGGUAAAGAUCCCUGGGUCGUGUAUAUUGCGAAAUCCAAGUUUGACAAUGAGACUCAAGCUCUGUGGUCAAGAGAGCUUGGACAAGAGCCCCCAACAUGGGAACAGUUCAACAACUAUCCGCCAUGUAAAUUGUGUACUGAGAAGCAUAAUUGUCUUCUCCAUGAAGCUUUUCACUUUUCAACGUCGACCACAAACUCUUCCUCGUCGGCACAGGUCCCUUCAACGGUUUCCGUUCCUGAUUCACAGGCGAAUCUGUUGUCGCAAUUCAGUACUCUGCCUUGGACGAGUGGCAAUGUGACAAAUAUGUCUUCACUUCACUGUGUUGAGGAAAUUGGAGGAAAUGUCACGAGGGUUCUGUUAGCAACGGCUAUGGUGAGAGUUCUGGACAGUCACAAUCAAGUGCAUUGGUGUAGGGCCAUUUUGGAUGCAGGAUCGCAGGUGAAUCUAGUCACCACUCGACUCUGUCAGCGUUUGCGGCUGCCGCUGCAAACUGCAAAUUUCAUCGUGGAAGGAGUUGGUUCCAUUAACCAACCAGCAAAACAUCAGGUGUCGCUCACAAUAUUGACGAAUUAUGAAGAGAAUUGUAAGUCACUUUCUCUAAACUGUCUCGUGAUGCGUCGGGUUGCUGGAAAUCAACCAAAUUGGGACGCCCUUUCACUCAAUCCACCAAUCCCACGUGGUCUUCAGUUGGCAGAUCCUCAAUGGAACCACAGCAUGUCAGUGGAUUUGUUGAUUGGUGGUGAACUCUAUUGGAGAAUCAUCAAGGAUGAUACUCAACUUCUCGGACCAGGGCAGCCGAUGCUAAAGAACAGUGUCUUCGGGUGGCUCAUUGUAGGACCGUGCAAUAGUCAGGCUACACCGGCGCCCACUUCAGUCACUAGUAACACAGCAUCAUUGGAGAGCAUUGACUCUGCACUGCGAAGGUUUUGGGAUGUGGACGAGAUUCCUGACAAAUCGGAGUCUCAAACCGAACAGGAGGAAGCCGAAACCCUGUACUCUGCCACAACCAUCAGAGAUUCGGAUGGCAGGUAUGUGGUUCACCUACCGUUUAAGGACAACGUCGGAAAUCUUCGGGACAAUCGGCCUUCUGCCUUUCGACAACUUCACCAUCUGCUGAGUCGGUUGAAUAAGAACCCCGAUCUCAAGUUGCAGUAUGGAGAAAUAUUUGAGGAGUAUCUACGGUUGGGAUUCAUCGAAUAUGUUCCACCAUCUGACCUCAAGGAACCGGCAUAUUAUAUGCCUCAUCAUUGUGUAGUGCGUGAAGAAGCAACGUCCACAAAGGUUCGGGUUGUAUUCAACGCCAGCUCCAAAUCACAAUCUGGUUUGAGCCUCAAUGAUGUUCUGAAAGUGGGACCAGUAACUCAACCUCCAUUGAAGAGCAUUUUGUGGAGAUUCCGAUUGCAUCAAGUAGCGAUGACCUGCGACAUCAUCAAGAUGUACUUGCAAACCAUGCUGCAUGAAAAUCAUCGUAAUUUCCAGCGUUUCUUGUGGAAGGGUCCCAACGAUCAUAGUGUUCGAGAUUAUCGUUUCCGAACGUUGUGUUUUGGAGUUGCUGCGUCACCACAUCUUGCAACGCGCUCACUCAACCAGCUUGCUCAAGAUGAAGGAUCGCAAUUUCCGUUAGCAGCUAAUGCAAUUUGUAAGAGCUUCUACGUCGACGAUUGUUUGAUGUCUGCACCAUCAUUGGGGGAAAUUGUUGAAACCAAACAUCAGCUUAUCGAGUUACUUAGAAGAGCGAGAAUGAAGCUAUCUAAGUUUCAAUCGAACAAUCCUGGAGUGGUUCAGCCUAAAGAGGGAGCUACAGCAACCGAGGAUGUUCAAAUUUCCAGCCAAGUAGUAAAAACGCUUGGAAUGAGUUGGAACUUUGUGACUGAUACUUUCCAAUUCAAAGUCAAACACAACUUACAGACAACAACAGUCACGAAAAGAUUCAUUUUGUCCACCUUGGCUCGGAUCUUCGACUCGAUCGGACUGAUCGGACCUAUCAGAACGGUGGCCAAGAUCAUCUUUCAAGACACGUGGCCAGUGAAAAUCAACUGGGAUGUCGAAGUUCCUGAAGAGUUGAAGACAUCUUGGGACAAAUUCAUCAUGUCUCUUCCCGAAGUCGAGAACAUAAGAAUUCCUCGUUGGAUUUCGGAUAUUUCGGAAGUGACUCACCGAGAACUUCACGCCUUCAGUGACGCCAGUGCAUUGGCCUACGGAGUCGUCGUCUACGUGGUGUGUGAGGACAACUUUGGACAUCGAUCAACUCGUCUUCUGACGUUAAAGUCUAAGGUAGUUCCGAUAAAGGUCAACAAAGAUGGAGCGCGGUCGAUGACAAUCCCCAAAGCGGAACUAUCCGGUGCUCAAAUGGCUGCAAAGCUAAUGGAAGACGUACGGGAGUCUCUGCAGAUAUCAGAUUGCUUCUAUUGGACCGACGCCACUGUUGUUCUUCAUCAGAUUCACUCACCCAAGGAAAAGAGGGAAAUAUUUGUUAAGAGGCGAGUAGCAGACAUCCUCAAGACAUCAUCCAAGGAGCAAUGGAGACACGUAAGAACUGGUGAGAACCCCGCAGAUCUUAUCUCCAGGGGAGCAACUCCUCAUCAGCUGAUGGAAUCAGGCCUAUGGUGGAACGGUCCAGAAUGGUUGAGUAAAGACGCCUCCUUUUGGCCACCAAUGUUUUCAUCAUGUGAAAGUGAUUCAAAGCACGGAGUUAAACUUCCACCUGUCGUCAUAUCAUCAAAUGCUGCGGAAUGUUCAUCAAAGUCGCAAUCUUACGUUCCCAUUCACGAGUAUUUAUUGGAUCACUUCAGUUCAUUUCUACGUGUCAAGAGAAUGCUAUCCAGGUGCCUGCAGAUUGCAAGAGUUUGGAUGGCAAUUCAUCGAUCACGCCGUACGAGAAGUACUUCAAAAUUGUAUCAAUUGGGUCCAAUAACUGUUUCCGACAUGAGAAAUGCGGAGUCUCUCCUCAUUCAAUGGGAGCAGCAACAGCACCUAAGUGUAGUUCUUCGUGCAGCAAGAAAUGGAGCGUUGGACAAAGAUCCUCGUGCAAAAUCAUUCAGAAAACUGCGGCCGUUCUUGGAUGAGAAAGGAGUUCUGCGCGUCGGAGGAAGACUUCAGAGUUCUGAAGCAUCGUACAACUCUCGCCACCCUCAAAUUCUACCAAAGGGUCAACUGGCCCACAUGAUCGCUCGGCAAGAGCAUUUGACUUCGCUUCACGCGGGACCCCAACUGUUGUUGGCCAACUUACGUCAGAAAUAUUGGCCAAUCGACGGAAGAAACCUUGUCCGGAAGAUAGUGCGAAACUGUCACACAUGCAUUCGAGCAAAACCCCGUCCAGAAGAGCAGCUUAUGGGAAGUCUUCCUCGAGACAGAGUCACCAACGUUAGACCCUUCUUAGCCAUCGGAAUCGAUUUCGCGGGCCCGCUCCUCAUUAGGCGAGGCACAAGAAAGGAUACGACGGAAAAGUGCUACGUUGCAGUGUUCAUCUGUUUCUCAGUAAAGGCUGUUCACUUGGAGGUAGUGACAUCAUUGCACACGGAUGCAUUUCUAGCAGCCUUUCGGAGGUUUAUCGGACGUCGAGGGAUGCCAGCUAGAGUAUAUUCUGACAACGGCACAACUUUUGUGGGUGCGGAUCGUGAGCUGCAACGUUUGUGGAAGUCAUCUGAGCAUCAAAGGCAAGUGGGAGAUUUUGCUGCUGAGCAUCACAUUGAAUGGAAUUUUCUGCCGCCACGGGGAAGCCACCAUGCCGGUUUAGUUGAAUCAGCAGUAAAAUCAUUUAAACAUCACUUCAAGCGAACGAUUGGACUUCACGUUUUGACGUAUGAGCAACUCGCUACCAUUCUUGUACAAAUUGAGGCUGUGCUUAAUAGCCGCCCACUGGUUCCGAUGUCUGAGAACCCGGAAGACCUCAACAUCUUGUGUCCAAGUAUGUUUCUCACUGGAGCAGCUCUAACCCAACUUCCAGAACCCAAUCUGCAGCAUCUUAACAUGACUCAUCUAGACAAAUGGCAAGUGUGUCAAAGGUUGGCUCAAGAUCUAAGUAAACGAUGGAAGACGGAGUAUUUGAAUACGCUUCAGCAGAGAAACCGGUGGAACACGGAACGGAUCGACUUGAGGGUAGGUGAUAUGGUCUUGUUGGUGGAUGAGUUAAUGCCAUCAACGGCCUGGCCACUAGGAAGGGUUGUGCAGACAUUUCCAGGCAACGAUGGGCGUGUCAGAGUGGUUAACGUCAAGACAAUUAAGGGCAUUUACCGCCGUCCGAUCACUAAAGUUGUUUACCUUCCAAUGAAGUGA